AUGGACGACAGCAAGAAUUCCGCAUUCAAAGAUAUAGAGGAAUCCGAGAUAAACGACCCCUCAGCACGCAAGAAAGUAUCCCCCGAUCGAACCAUUUAUCUCUCGCGAGCCAUCCUCCCGAAGGAGGGACCGCUGAAGCUUUCUGAUUUCGGCGAAGCUAGGAUCGGGCCUGGUCCGUAUGAUUAUCCUGCCAUGCCUUUUCAAUAUCGCGCGCCUUACGUUACGCUCGAGGUGCCGUGGAGCUAUCCGGUUGAUAUUUGGUGUGUUGGGCUUACGGCAUGUGAUCUUCUCGGGCUGGAUAUGCUUUUCAAAGCGGAUCACACGGCCGGCGAUAUGUAUGGGGCAGCACACUUUGCGGAGUUGAUUGCCGUGCUGGGUCUGCCGCCUGCUGCGUUCCUAGAGCUCAAUCCUGAGAAGGCGGCUCGGUUCUGGGAUCAAGAGGGGAAAUGGAAGGAUGUUGUCCCUAUUCCGAAGAUAGGCAUGCUUGAGUCGUUGGAGGGUCAAUUGGGUCUACCUCUUGCGUUUGUCAAGUUCUUGCGCAGAACUUUGACAUGGAUGCCGAAUGAGAGAGCGACUGCUAAAGAACUUUUAGAGGAUCCCUGGUUGAAAGGUUGA